AUGACCUCAGACUCACUUCGAAAGUCCACAGAGUCUGUCUGCUUCGCUGCUGCUUCGUGCUUACACCAGAAGCGCUGCAGUGCGUCCCAGUGUCCCAGUGUCAAGCAGCACAGCGCAGAUGAACCGGGCAGGAAUAUACGAAAUCUGGCAGAAAAUGACGCCAUCACAAAGCUGGCAGCUGGGGAUUCAGUGUGGAUCGGUCUGUACUGGGAACAACUGUGGUCUGAUGGGAGCCCCUCUCUGUUUCAAAACUGGGCCGGUGGGCAACCAGACAGUCCAGAGCAGUGUGUCACCACAAUGUUCAGAAACUCAGGACUGUGGUCAGAUGAUAACUGCUCCCUCACUUUCCCGUUCAUCUGUUACUCAACAACUCCUCCAAAAACCGAAGACUUCAGAUCAAUAGGACAAAAUGAGACCAGUAUCACUCUGCAGUGGAAUAAAGUGAACAACAACUUCAGCUUUAUUCUCCAGUUUAAUGAUGCAGAGAUCAACAUCACUGCACCAGCUGGAGAUGGACCAGUAACUCACACAGUCUCAUCUCUCACUGCUGGAACUAAAUACACAUUCACUCUCUACUCUGUGUUUGAGAACGUCAGAAUCAGUGGAGUAAACAUUACUGCAGUUACCGCUCCUCCAAACGCAGAAAACUUCAGACCAAUAAGACAAGAUGUCACCAGUAUCACUCUGCAGUGGAACAAAGUGAACAACAGCGUCAGCUUCAUUCUCCAGUUUAAUGGUGCAGAGAUCAACAUCACUCCAGUAACUUACAGAGUCUCAUCUCUCACUCCUGAAACUACAUACACAUUCACUCUCUUCUCUGUGUUUGAGAACGUUAGAAGCCGUGGAGUGAGUAUUACUGCAGUUACUG